AUGGCAGCGUUGGUCUAUUCGGUUAGUCGCAUAUGGCUCUUGGCGCUAAGGGACGCAGGGCGGUCCUCGAAAGAAAGCCCCUCUGGUUCCGAGAGAGAAGCAGUGCUUGCCUUCUGCCUCGGGCAGAGGGGGAAUGGCUUUAGCUACGCUGGCCUGCUCGGGAAAGGCCUGCCUGGCCUCCAGUCGAGGCUGUCAGGUCAGCCAAAGCUGACGCAGGCUGCUUCAACCAGCCCAAUAGCAACGGCAGCAGGCCCCAAGGCCCAUGCCGAGGCUAAGGCAAGACUGUCGGACUCAGGGGAGAUCGGGCUGAACUGGAGUUCAGCAAUUUUUGUCUACUCCUCCUCUCCCCCGCCAUGCAAAAAGGCCAACUGUAUCUGCUGGGGCCCGGAAGAAGCCUUCCCUCCCCCAACAGAUGCCUCCAGCACUCCAACUUCGGCAUUAACAGUAUUAAAGAAACCAUGUCCAGCUCUUCCUACGUGCCCCGUGGUCACGUGUCCAGAUGGUUGGGUAGGAUACCAGGGAAAAUGCUACUACUUUGCAAAGGCUGAAAGAAACUGGACGUCUAGCAAGAUGCACUGUUCUUCUCUCAAUGCCUCCUUAGCUGUGAUUGAUUCCCAAGAAGAGAUGGACUUCAUCAGGCGUUACAAAGGUCCAGCUGACCACUGGAUUGGUCUCCAAAGAAUUCUAAGUCAGCCCUGGAAAUGGAUCAAUGGGACCACUUUCAAUAACUGGUUUACAAUUCUUGGAGGAGGAAACUAUGCAUAUAUGAAUGAAAAAAGUUUCGCCAGCUCUGAUUGCUCAAGAGAAGAACCUUGGAUCUGCAGUAAACUAGCUGUGACAUAA